ACGCUGCUGUUACACACUUGGUUCCAUUUACAGAAUUACCGGACUUACGUCCUCCCGUCCUCGGGAGUUCACACUUCCAAGUUGAAUUUGGGAAGUCCGAACUAUACCGAGGACGCAAUCCGAACACACGGUGUAUUGAGAAACGGCCACAGUCUCUGAAUUGGAACACGGCUGUCCCUUCAAAAACUUCAACACUGGGAACGAUUUUUUAUGCAGAAAAUUGAUUGGACCUAUUUAACAGAAAGCCGCAUGCAUCUGGGUAGACAUGGCGGAUAUACGAAAACGUCUCUGUGUGAGUUCCACUGAGAAUGACCAAAAAGAUAAUAUUUCCCGAGAAGGCGGAACUGGCACAUCUGCAUUAUUUGUUAAGUUAUUUGCUGCAGGUUUCUAUGGGCUCUCUUCUUUCCUUAUUGUUGUCGUUAACAAGAGCGUUCUCACUAAUUACAGAUUCCCGUCCUCUUUAGCAGUGGGAAUUGGACAAAUGUUUGCAACGGUUGUUGUGCUGCGAGGAGCAAAAUCAUUAAAUGUGGUAGAUUUCCCAGAUUUUGAUAGGCAUGUACCUCAUAAGGUGUGGCCACUUCCUUUAAUCUAUGUGGGAAAUCAGUUAACAGGUCUGUUUGGAACAAAACAACUAAAUCUGCCAAUGUUUACUGUGCUCAGAAGAUUCUCCAUUUUAUUCACAAUGCUGUUUGAGGUUUACCUCCUAAGAAAGGAGUUUUCAUGGUCCAUAAAGGCAACCAUAUUCACCAUGAUCCUGGGAGCUUUUAUUGCUGCAAGUACUGAUUUAGGUUUUGACCUCUACGGAUACGUGUUUAUUACACUUAACAACAUUCUGACUGCUGCUAAUGGGGUUUAUAUGAAACAAAAACUGGACUCCAAGGAGCUGGGAAAAUAUGGGCUGCUCUAUUACAAUGCUUUAUUUAUGAUUGUCCCCGCUAUGAUUUUAGCGUACUUAACUGGAGACAUUAAGAAAGCUUUGGAUUAUAAUGAUUGGGCUGACAUUUUAUUUGUGAUUCAGUUUGUGUUAUCAUGUGUCAUGGGGUUUAUACUCAUGUACUCAAUUAUGUUAUGCACCCAUUAUAACUCUGCUUUGACGACUACAAUUGUCGGUUGUAUCAAGAAUAUCUUAGUGACAUACAUUGGGAUGGUGUUUGGUGGAGAUUACAUCUUUACUUGGGUGAAUUUUAUUGGCCUCAACAUCAGCAUUGCUGGCAGUCUUGUGUACUCUUACAUUACUUUCACUAAGGAACAAAAAAAAGAAUGUUGAUGAAACAAGUUCAAAAGUAAGAAGAUAAUACCUAUGGGAGACAAGAAGACAGUCAGCAGGGUGUUCACACAGUCUCAUUUCACAACACCUUGAGUGCAUCAGAAACCAGCGAUUUUCUCAGCACCCUUGGUUUUGUUGAGAUAUGAUAUGACAAGAUGUUGGAUAGAUAAGGAAUUAUUUCCUGUUAUGAAAUCAAUAUGAUCCUUUUGUCUUUGUAAAUUGAAAAGUCCUCAACCGUAGUAGUUCAAGUCAGACUGUUCAAUUUCCUUUUUUUUUUUUUUUUUUUGAGGUAUCAAUUUUUUUUAAUUAGUAUUAUCAUUGUGGUAAUUAACAUUAUGAUACAAUUUAUAAUACAAUGUGAUGCUGUUGAACAUGAAAGAAUAAUAAUAAUAAUAAUAAAAUACAAUAAGUAAAAAAUAUAAACUUUUGUAUAAAUUGAUUUUUACUCCUAUUUUUCACUAUUUCAUCAGUUUUAAUGAUUCUGUGUUAAGGAUCCUCAAAUGCAAACUGUUUUACUUCAGGAGAGCAAUCAUACAUUUGUGUGGUUUAAUUGGCUUCAUUGUUCAUAUAAUCAUUUAAUAAUUUUAUUACAUUUAAUCAUAUGAUAAUGAUUGUAACUAUUUAUAUUAUCAUUUAAUUAAUUAAUUGAUUGAUUAAUUUUAUUGUUUUUUAUAUACAGUAUUGUUCAAAAUAAUAGCAGUACAAUGUGACUAACCAGAAUAAUCAAGGUUUUUCGUAUAUUUUUUUAUUGCUACGUGGCAAACAAGUUACCAGUAGGUUCAGUAGAUUCUCAGAAAACAAAUGAGACCCAGCAUUCAUGAUAUGCACGCUCUUAAGGCUGUGCAAUUGGGCAAUUAGUUGAAUUAGUUGAAAGGGGUGUGUUAAAAAAAAUAGCAGUGUGGCAUUCAAUCACUGAGGUCAUCAAUUUUGUGAAGAAACAGGUGUGAAUCAGGUGGCCCCUAUUUAAGGAUGAAGCCAACACUUGUUGAACAUGCAUUUGAAAGCUGAGGAAAAUAGGUCGUUCAAGACAUUGUUCAGAAGAACAGCGUACUUUGAUUAAAAAGUUGAUUAGAGAGGGGAAAACCUAUAAAGAGGUGCAAAAAAUGAUAGGCUGUUCAGCUAAAAUGAUCUCCAAUGCCUUAAAAUGGAGAGCAAAACCAGAGAGACGUGGAAGAAAACGGAAGACAACCAUCAAAAUGGAUAGAAGAAUAACCAGAAUGGCAAAGGCUCAGCCAAUGAUCACCUCCAGGAUGAUCAAAGACAGUCUGGAGUUACCUGUAAGUACUGUGACAGUUAGAAGAUGUCUGUGUGAAGCUAAUCUAUUUUCAAGAAUCCCCCGCAAAGUCCCUCUGUUAAAAAAAAGGCAUGUGCAGAAGAGGUUACAAUUUGCCAAAGAACACAUCAACUGGCCUAAAGAGAAAUGGAGGAACAUUUUGUGGACUGAUGAGAGUAAAAUUGUUCUUUUUGGGUCCAAGGGCCACAGGCAGUUUGUGAGACUCUGAAACUCUGAAUUCAAGCCACAGUACACAGUGAAGACAGUGAAGCAUGGAGGUGCAAGCAUCAUGAUAUGGGCAUGUUUCUCCUACUAUGGUGUUUGGCCUAUUUAUCGCAUGCCAGGGAUCAUGGAUCAGUUUGCAUAUGUUAAAAUACUUGAAGAGGUCAUGUUGCCCUAUGCUGAAGAGGACAUGCCCUUGAAAUGGUUGUUUCAACAAGACAAUGACCCAAAACACACUAGUAAACGGGCAAAGUCUUGGUUCCAAACCAACAAAAUUAAUGUUAUGGAGUGGCCAGCCCAAUCUCCAGACCUUAAUCCAAUUGAGAACUUGUGGGGUGAUAUCAAAAAUGCUGUUUCUGAAGCAAAACCAAGAAAUGUGAAUGAAUUGUGGAAUGUUGUUAAAGAAUCAUGGAGUGGAAUAACAGCUGAGAGGUGCCACAAGUUGGUUGACUCCAUGCCACACAGAUGUCAAGCAGUUUUAAAAAACUGUGGUCAUACAACUAAAUAUUAGUUUAGUGAUUCACAGGAUUGCUAAAUCCCAGAAAAAAAAAAAUGUUUGUACAAAAUAGUUUUGAGUUUGUACAGUCAAAGGUAGACACUGCUAUUUUUUUGAACACACCCCUUUCAACUAAUUGCCCAAUUGCACAGCCUUAAGAGCGUGCAUAUCAUGAAUGCUGGGUCUUGUUUGUUUUCUGACAAUCUACUGAACCUACUGGUAACUUGUUUGCCACGUAGCAAUAAAAAAUAUACUAAAAACCUUGAUUAUUCUGGUUAGUCACAUUGUACUGCUAUUAUUUUGAACAAUACUGUAUAUAUAUAUAUAUAUUUUUUUUUCAUUGCUGUCUAGUCCUGUGUCUUUGUGUUUCAAUGGAUGUUUGUCUCCAUGAAUAAGAGAUAAGAGUGAAUGCUUAUUGAAAUUCAAGGUUUAUGGGAAGUUGUGAAGCAUUUUGGUAUAGCACUGGUUGUUGGUUUUGUAUUGGUCAGACGAAGUCUGAGCAUUGAAGCACACAAGCAUAAUAAUUUUAAGAUUAUUCAAUAAACUCUGCUUCAUUUUAUCAUCA